AUGGCAGAUAAUUACACAGAAACGACUACUGAAUACGUUUCCUGGCUGACUAAUAAUGGUGUAAAGAUCUCCCCUAAGCUUAAAGUUGAGGACAAUAGGUACAAAGAUGAAGGGAGAUGUGUAGUAACGACCACUGAUAUCCAAAAAGAUGAGUUGCUGUUUGAGAUCCCAAGAAAUGUGCUGUUAAACUGCGAGACUUCACAGCUUGUCAAAGAUAUCCCUGCCGUAUUAACUGAACUGGAAACUUUUAGUGGUAGCGAACCACUAUCAUGGGAACCUUUGAUCCUCUGUCUAUUUUAUGAAAUGUAUAUUCUGAAAGAUAAAAGCAGAUGGUGGCCAUAUUUUGAGGUUUUACCUACAUUAGAGGAUAUGAAUGUACUUGUGCUAUGGUCCGAUGAAGAUUUGGCUGCCUUAGAACCCUCAUAUGUUUUAUCAUGUAUAGGGAAGGAGCAAGUGGAAAACAUGUACCAACUAUUGAAGCGCUUUAUAGAAGCAUCUGAUCACGAACAACUUAAGUCAAACUUAAAUAAGUUCAGUUGGGAUUCUUUUAUAAGAAUAGGGAGCUUGAUUAUGUCUUAUUCGUUUGAUGUGGGUAAGGAGAUACAUAAUGAAGGAAAAGAGGGCGAGUCUAUGAAUGAAAAUGAUAAUAUGACAAAUGGAGAUGAAGAUGAAGACGAAGAUGAAGAGGAUCUAGAAGUUGAAAUGAUCAAAUCUAUGGUUCCAUUGGCUGAUACCUUAAAUGCAGAUACAAAAAAAUGCAAUGCAAACCUACUACACUCAAAACAAACAUUGAGGAUGAUUGCAAUCAGGGAUAUACCAUCUGGAGAGCAAGUAUAUAAUACCUAUGGUGAAUUAUCAAACUCUGAACUACUUAGAAGAUACGGUUAUGUUGAAUGGGACGGCUCCUACUAUGACUGUGGUGAGAUCUCGAAGAGUGCAAUUCACAAAUCUUUACUACAACUAUUCCCAACGUCUACUGAAACUUUAGAAAGACUGGAUGCUGUCAUAGAUGAGAAUGAGAAAGUACUAGAUCUGUUUGACGAUGACACAAUAGUGGAAGAUACAUAUAUUUUCGAAUCAGAUGGGGAGAUUCCCUUUAAAUUCUUAUUUUAUAUCCAACUUAUGGCACUACUUCUACAGAACUCAAGAAUUGAAAAAAUGGGUCCAAUUGCACUAAAUAAGUGCAUGGCUCCUACCAUUGAUAAAACAAGUAAGAUACUCCAGGAACAGAAAGUCACUAGAAAGGCUCUGGAUGUAUUAAACGAUUCUCUAGAUACCAGGAUGAAGCAAUACGAACAGAAAAUAACUGACUCUGGAGAGGAUUCUUUAGAACCACCAUCACAUGAGGCAAGUACAAAAGAAAAAAGGAUGAGAAUGGUAAAGAUGAUACUGCUAAGUGAAUACAAGUCCUUGAGAAAAUGUAGUGAAGUAAUUAGAGAAGAAUUUGGCCCACUGAGUGAUUCGGACGUAUUAUCCGAAAUAAAGCAAUCAAAGGAGGAAAAAAGGCCAAAGAAAAGAGCUAAGACGCGCUAA